GUUUUAUUUUUGGAGAACAAUUAAAGCUUUUAAUUAAAGUUCUCUAUAAUAUGCAAAGAAAGCAAAAUCUUUCUUUAAAAUUAGAUCCAGAAAGUUUUUGUGCUUUGAUUGAAAAUCAAGAACUGUGUUUACAAGGAUUUUUAAAGAAUUUGUAG